CAUCUCUCUUCUAGAAAUCAUCUCAAAAAUAACAUGUCGUUUAGAGGAAGAAACACUAGGGCACUUCUUCCGUUCGGGUUGGACUAUGCCGAUGUUUCUGGCGGACUUGCCUCACAAUCACAAGAUACUCAUCUCUCCAUCCCAAUCCAUGGAGAUCUUAGUGAAAGAGAAGAAAAUAGUGCCAAGCAGUCUAUUGCCUUAGCACAAUCUGUAGCUGAUGGACCAUUCUUUACCGGUGAUGCCACUGAAAAGGGAGCUUCACAAUCAUCCCUCACAACCAACGUGGAUGGGAUCAAACGUCAUUCUGAUAAAUAUAAAAAGACUAAAAAAAUUGGUAGAACAAUUGAAGAACAUCCAUAUGAACUUGAAUUUUUCCCAGAAGAACUUUACUCAGUUAUGGGUAUAUCCAACAAGCAGAAGCGUAAGCUUCUAUCCUUGUCUUCCUAUAAGGCAGAUGGUGGGUUAAGAGAAUUUGGUGGAGCUAACCCCCCAGAAGAAGAUAAUGAAUCCAUGGCACAAUCAAUGUUGGAUAAAUUAAAGAAUUUAGCAGAAACUUUGGAUGAUGAUAAAGAUAAAGAAGAUGAGAAUGCAGAUGAUCUUGAGGAAGACUUUGAUGAUGAAUUUGAAGAAGAUGAUGAUGAUGAUUAUAACGCCGAAAAGUAUUUCGAUGAUGGUGAUGAAGAUGGAGUUGAUGGAGGUGAUGACGAAGCAGCUUUUUAAUGGGCAAAAAAGAAAGAAGUAGAGAUAAUCCCAAGCACGUUAUUGUGGUGAACUUUCUGGUUCUGAUUGUCCAGGGUUUCCAAAUU